AUGGCGUCGGCUCUAGCGGUGUACCACGGGGCAAUCAGUAAAUUGGAGUGUGAGGAUCGGCUUGGGAAGAACGGGAAGAACGGAGCCUACCUCAUCAGAGACAGUGAAACCAUUCAAGCAGCCAUGUGUCUGUGUGUCUACAGACAGAAGGUGGUGUAUACCUACAGGAUUCUCCAGAACAACACUGGAAACUACACCCUGCAGACAACACCUGGUGUAGAGGAGAAGUUCUUCAAGACAAUAGAGGAGCUGGUCCACCAUUAUAAGCGUCGAGGGCAGGGAUUGGUCCAGCACCUGUGCCACUUAGUCAAGAGAAAGACUCUGCUUCAACUCCCUGACCCCAAUAUCAUCGAAGAGGUGGGUGAUUAUGAGAAUGUGGAUGCUUCAGAUUACAUUGAGAUCCUGCCCUCCUGA